CAGGCUGUCGCGACCGAAGACUGUUGCUCUGCCUCGAACCCUUGAGGCGAUUCAUACCUACUCCUAGCGGCAUACCUAGGCAAAUCACCACCAAUACCGAUUAAGGCUAUGGCGGACCGAGGAGCGAAGCAGAUUGGCGGUGUUGGGCUGAAGUGCACUGGCGCACUUGCCGGCACCGUAUUUGUGGACUCGCUUGAGGCUUCGGUCGGAAGCUUGCGAGCGGAAAUCCUUCGUCUUAUGAGCGGCAACGAGGGCUCCGUGAAGCUGAUUGUGGGAGGGCGCACGCUGCAGGACGACUCCAAACGACUGUGUGACUGCGGCAUCACCGCGGCCUCGCGGGUGCUGGUGGCACGUGGCGGCGCCGGCGACGCAGCGGCGGCCGCCGCCAACGCCGCCGCAGAGCGCGCCGCGCGUCUGGAGGGAGUGCGCAAGGCGGCUGAGGCGCUGGCGGGCAGGGACGGCCGCGGUCUGUCCGACGACUUGGACUUAGAGAUUGAGGACCAGGCGGGCGCGCGUGUGGCCGUGAAGCCCGAGGACCGUCGCCACCUUGUGUUUGGCCUGGUGAUGCACGACAAGGCCAAGGACACCAUGGGGCGGGGCGACUGGGCUGCUGCGCUGGAUGAGCUGCUGCUGGCGGAGGAGUCUCUGGGGCUGUGCGACCCGGCGCUCACGGCGGCGGUGGACAACGUGGCGCUGCUGCUGCUGGACCUGGUGUGGGCGGCGUACAAGCUGGGCGACCUGCGGCGACUGGCCGUGAGCCGCGACCGCCUCUGCCGCGCCCGGGCCGGACUGGAGCGCGCCCACGGCGCCGACCUGCAGCGCCUGAGGAGCCUCACGGGCGGCGGCUUCAGCCCAGAGCUGGCCACCUACCUGCGCCUGGAGGUGUUGGAGGGGCUGGUGGCCUUCUACGGCGGGGAGCCCGCCGCCACGGCUGAGUCAGCCUUCCGGGGGGCGCAGGCCAAGUGGCGGCGGCUGCAGGUGGCGGACGGGGCGCUGGCCAUGCUGCAGGGCAUGGGCUAUGACAUGAAGGAGUCGCGGCGGGGGCUGCGCUUCAGCGGCGGCGACGUGGCGGCGGCGGUGGACUUCAUUCAGGAGCAGCGAGCCAAGCAGCAGGAGCGUGAUGAGAAGCGGCGCAAGGUGCACUCCUGGAACUACGAGCGGCUGGAGUACGGCAAGACGGCGGCCGGGCAGUACGUGGACAUGGAGCAGCUGGACAAGCUGGAGGGACUGGGCUACCCGCGGCGGCUGGCGGCGGAGGCGCUGCGCAAGCACGAGAACCGCGGACAGGAGGCACUGGAUGAGCUGGCCAAGCCGGAGCGGCGGCGGGCUCUGGAGCUGGAGCUGUCACUGAAGGAGGCGCUCAAGACGUCCAAAGCCGAGGCAAAAGCCAAGGCCAAGGCGGGGCCCUCCGACGCGGCGGCGGCGGCGGCGGCAGCGGCUGACGCGGGCGCGGGCCCCAGCACCUCCGCGGCGGCAGCCCACGGGCAGGACACGUCAGGGUCAGCAGGCGCCAACGGCUCGAGCAGCUCCGCAGCCGUCAACCCGGCGGCUCUGGAGGCACUGAAGACGCUGGCUGAGGCACUGGCGGCGUCCAAAGCCGGAGGAGCGGGUGCCGCUGGCAGCAAACUCAAGGGGCAAGACAAGGCAGGCGCCGCGGCUACCGGCGGCGGCAGCGCGGCAAUGGACGUAGACGACGAGACGGCUGCGGUGUUGCUGGCGGCGGCUAUGGAGGACACGGAGGGCGGCGGGGCCGGCGCUUCGACCUCCCCGGGCGAGGGGGGUGGAGGCAAGGAGGCGGAGGAGGAGGAGGACCCGGUGAAGGCCGCGGAGAAGGCGGAGCUCAAAGCAGCGGAGAGGGAGCUGGUACGGCACGUGGAGAGCGACCCCAUGGCCGCGUACGACAUUGAUGUGACCGAGGAGGGCAACAUUAUUGCUGAGUUCCUCACACUGCUGUCCACGGGCGGGGAGGGGCCGGCGUCGUGAGGAGGUAGCGGCGGGAUGGCUGCAGAGCUCUUGCGGCGUGAUGGCCGCAGUCAACGUGCGGCGGCAGCACACACUGGCAAUAGGCAGGCUCGCGCGCUGCCAGUUGAGUUGAUGGUGAUACAGUAGCGCGUACUAAUACGCUCGCAACAGAUAGCGUAUUUAGUGGCGUGUGCAGGAUGGCUGCCGCGGUGGUUGGCAGAAUUGUGUGCAGCAGGUGGUGGCCGCGUGCCCAGGCGUGCCCGUGGCCAUGUAGGAUGCGUCUUCCUCUAGUUG